AUGACGUGACGUCAUUUCCGCAUCAACAAAUAUGGCGGAGUUUCUAAAAAUUGUUUGCUCACAAUUGGUUUAUUAGGUCAAUUAUAAAGCAACUUCGUUUCAUGAUCGACAAAAUGAGUAGUAACUCUAAAUAUUUAGCGGUUAUAUCUGUUCUAGAAGGUCGAGGUUUUCCAAAACGAAGCAAACAUCAACUUAUUGUAGAAGCAAAAUUUGAUGGAGAACUGUUAGCAACAGACCCAGUUGCUCAUGUAGAAGUGCCUGAUAUAAAUCAAGAGUUAGCAUGGGAACUGGACAAAAAAUCUCUGCAGCAGCAUCGCCUGCAGAGAAGCUCUAUCAAAAUUCAGUGCUAUGCUUACGAUAUAGAGACUACAAUGAAAGAGUCUGUGGGAUACAUUGUGCUUGAUCUACGAUCAGCCUCUUCAAAUAAGCAGGUUCCAAAAUGGCACCAACUUCUUCACAGCAAAUAUCAUAAAACAAAAGCUGAGCUGAAGUUAGCAUUGUAUUUAGAUGAAAAUGAGCAGCAGCCUGCAGCUCCUAUUACUGAGCCAGAACAAGUUUUACCUAAAAAUGUUGAUUUAAAAAAUCUAGUUCCUGUAUUAAAUGAGGCUGAAGGUUAUUAUCAAAUUGGUCCUGCAAAGAUGUGUGUAGAACAGUUUGUACUUUCUGUUACCAUAGCAUAUGCUAAUAAUUUAAUACAUCUAAUCCCUAGCAACACACCACUCAGCUCAACUUCUUUCUUCUUCUACUAUUCACUGUUGGGAAAUGAUGUCACAAAUGAACCAUUUCAAGAUCUUGUCAGUCCAAAUUUCCCAGCUGAGAGAGCAUCUGUCAAAAUUCGCAGCAGUGUUGAUGCUUUAAGGUCCUUCUUCACCCUUCAACCAGGAUUACAGAUCCAUCUAUGUUCUGGUGACCAGUCCCAUGGGAGCUGUGAAAUACCUUUGAAAACAUUACUUAAAGCCAACAGCACAGAAAUUUAUAUGAAACCAGUCACUAUAGAAGGACCUUUUAGGCUCUAUCCAGCUAACAAAAGCAAACAACAGUUGACAGCGUUGCCUGGAAAUAAUUAUCCUAGUGUAGGGGUAUCUGUAGUCUUACGUAAAGAAGACAUGGCAGUUAAAAGUCCUACACGAGAUAAUCCACAAGCCGCUCUUACAACUGGAGUUCCAUCCUCUCAUGUUGGACCAGCAGAACAAGAGAAAAGUUCUAAAGAUAACAAAAAUAUUAAAGUAGAAACUAAAAGCAAGCCAGAUGAACCUAACUAUUCCUCUGACACAUUUGAAGAGGAAUCAGAAUUUAAUAAAAUCAAAAUUGCAGCAUUACAAAUUUCAGAACCAACUACUAAGACAAGUCAAAAUGGCAAACCAUCCACAGCUCCACAGCAACUGUCACCGAUUUCUGAUGUUCAAGUCAUGAUGACCAACACCAUGGCUCUGCCCAACCAUGUGAGUGUUCCACCCCAAGCUCAUCAUUUUACUUUCAGCAUUGACCUGCGAAGUAUAAGAGACAACCAUUCAACAAACAUCAUCAAUGUUUUUCUCAGGUAUACAUAUCCUUUUUUUGGAAGUGCUUCCCCUAUUAGCACAAACCCUCCAGUAGAAAUUCGUAAGGGAACUGAAGUCUUAUUGCCACAGUCAUUUUGUGCCUUUGAUUUUGCUUGCACUGUCCACCAACUUCAAGACACAUUCAUCAGGGUACCACUUGUUGUAGAAGUCUUACACAGAGAUAGACAGUUGUCAAAAGAUGUGCUGGUUGGAACUGCUAAGUUGCCUUUAAAUUUAGUCAUAUCAGCUAACAGAAGUUGGCAUGUGGAUAAGAUUAAUCAUUUUUCUCCAAAGAGCUCUGCUGGUGGCGCAGGCUGGAGGCAAGAGGUAUCAGACAGAAUUCCAGUUGUUUCAGCAGAUGGAAAACUAGAGUGUGCUGAGAUCAGUUUAGUUCUGAGUCUGGAAGAUUGGGGUCCUAUAACAUCUUCUCAGCCAACAAAACAAGGCAACAGUGCUGUCUCUGGUGCAUCUGGCCACCAGGUGGCACCAACUCAAUCAUCAAGUGGUAGUGGGUUGAUAGGUGCAGCGGGAAGCAGUCCUCGGGGUUCAGCAGAGUACCAAGCUGCUGUAGAACUGGAGCUGUGGAAAGAAGCUCAAGAAAAGGAGUUUGAGAAAAAGUUAAAAAUGAAAGAAGCAGCUUACAUGAAAGCCUUAGCGGAGGAAUGGAAGAAAAGAGACACUGAAAGGGAAGUGCUUACUCAGAAGAAGAUUACAGAGUAUAAAGAAUUAAAGGAACAGCUCAGGAAAACUUUGACAGAUGUAGAAAAGAGAUCCAAUAAAUUAACUGUUAGUGAACAUGAGGUAACUAAACUGAGAGCAGACCUACAAAGGGAACAUGACCGCAAACUACAGGAAAUGAAAGAAGCUUCACGAAGAAUGAAAGAAGAUUGUGAUCAUCAAGUAGAACUUCAAAAAAUGAAAAUAAAAGAAAUGGAAGAAAUAAUGAAUAGAUACAAAUCUGAACUGAAUGAAAGUGAAAAGAGGUACAGAGCGCUUGAAAAAGAUUUCUCUCUUUACAAAGAACAACAAACAAAAACACCUGAGGUCAGACUACAGUCUGAAAUUAAUUUACUGACAAUGGAAAAGAUCGAGUUAGAGAGGAAACUUGAUGCUGCAACAAAGUCUAAAGUCCACUACAAACAGCAAUGGGGUAGGGCAUUAAAAGAAGUAGCCAGACUGAAGCAGAAGGAACAAGACAUUGCUAAAGCUCAAUUAUUGAGGCAGCAUCAAGAAUUGGAACAUAUGAGGUUACGUUACUUGGCAGCUGAAGAAAAAGAAGUUGUUAAUAAAGAAAACAGAGAGCUAGAAGAAAUCAAAUCUCAGAUAAACAAGCUGAAACUGAUGGAAGAAGAAAGACUUAGGAACACAAGUGACUCAAACCAAUUGCCAUUUGUGAAAGAUGCCAUGGGCAAACCUCUCAACAUUGAUCUGGACUCCUCAGUGGAUGAACAUGUUGCAAGACUGGUGGAAGAAAGGGACACUCUUUUGAGGACUGGAGUAUACACAUCACAGGAUAAAAUCAUUGCAGAACUAGACAAACAAAUUAGGGAGGCUAUAGGCUUGAAAGGCAGAUAGCUUUUAUUUCAGACAUUGAGAUUGCUAACUACUGUUCAUUAUGUCUUACAGUUGUGUCCACCUUUAGUAACAUUGUAUUUGAAAGAUGAAUGUACAGAUAAUUAACAUGUUGAAGAAAGUCAUUUGGAGACUGUGAUGAUUGACUUAAAUAGAUGCUAAUUAAAAAGAAAUCAAAUAACAUUGAAAGCCAGUGCUUUUUCAUUCAGUACAUUUGAGACAUACACACGUUUCAAAAGAUUACAGGCUAUGUAAUGUAAGUGUAAUGAAAAAAUAUUGGGGGAGAAAAGGGAGAUAUUGAAAUGCUCUUCAGACAUCUGCAUUACUUGUUGUGCCCAGUGGUCACAGUUAUAAACAAAUACGAGAGACUUGGGUAUACAAUAACAGAGUCCAGGUAAGUCUGGCACUAUCCAUCCAGUGAACAAAGUGCACUUCUUGUGACUGUUAGUCUUAAGUAUGCUUGCUCCAUUUUUUUAAACUGAAUCAUUGAGAUUUACAAUUGGAAACUGGAUGGGGGGGGGGGGGGGGUUGAAGGUUUAGACUUAAAAUCAAACGAUAAUCACAACUGCUGAAUUUGUUUAGUUUGCUGUGAUCAUGUGACAUUGAAAAUUAGAUCUAGACAUUCGGUUCAUUUCAGGCAAUUCGAACAAGAAGUUCUCUUUUUCCAUUCCAUCUUUUGGCACACAUCAAACAAAACUUCUCCUGGCCAUCCAUAUAGUUUGUGAUUUUAUUUAAAUAUGUUCUUGUAAAUAAUUUUUUAUUUUACAUCACUGUUCUGUUUAAUGUACAUCUUUUAAUUACAAAAUAUUACAUUUUUUUAAAAAUAAAAAUUAGUUUAGUAUAAUGAAUAUAACAAAAUGUAUACUGAUUGGUACAUAUCUACAUAUUUCACUUGUAAUCAUUCAGCAUACAGAAUUGGUGCUAGAUUCUAAUUAUUUACAAGAAGCACAAGUUAUUGAUACAUUUCAUUAGGAUAGGAACAAGUUUUAGAAAAUAGCUAUGAAAUAGUUUAAUGAUUUCACUAUGUACAUGUUUUAGAAUCUAAACAUGCAUGUAGCCUAUAUGUAGAGACACUAGCUAAUAUGUUUACCAUAAUUAGAUAAGGGUACAUUAGAACUAAUACCUUUUUGUUUCAUUUUGUACAAUUUGUUAUUUAACUGCUAUCAUAUAUAAGGUCAUUAAAAUAAUGCAAGAUGCA